AUGCCCGGCAAGACGCCUGACGCGCCGCCGCACCAUCCAUUCAGGGCGAUCGAGUCCACACCACAAUCCACUCUCGCGUGGAUUACAUUCAUGUCGCCGCCACCGCAGACCAACCAGGUGAAACAUCUGGAGCAAAGAAAAAUUGAAGAAAAUUCAACAGGGCAUGGAUAUGAUAAGAUUUUUGGUAAAUGUUGUGAUAAAAAAUUGAAAAGCGUAAAAGUUCAAGACGCCUACAUCUCCAAACACCAUCAGAUUCUUAAUUUCGUAAGAUUUUGUGAACUCAUUGUUAGCCUAGCUGAUAACCUACGAGUGAUCACAUUAAAAACGGGCAGUAGUGCAAAAUCAAUGCAAAUGUCCUUCGACGAGCUGAGAACAAGUCUCUUACAUCAUAAAGUCAUUCUACACGUUGAGUACAGUGAUACAUUACAUGAUCGGGAAAUAACAUUUGAUAAUGGUUGGGUCGUGAAAAUUGGUCGUGGUCUUGAUUACUUUAAACCACCGCAAGGAGGAAAAUAUGUUUUGGGAGCUUGCGAUAUGAAUUUUAGACAAUGCCUAGAAACAACCAUCGAUAUAUUCAAACGAAAAUAA